AUGACGGCGAUCAUAUCGCCAGCCUCGUCUCCAGCGACCUCUCCGCCCGCCAUCGACACCUCGGCCUCGACCUCAGCCGCUCAUCCCCCACUUCCUCCGCUCAUGACCUCGCCGCCCGCUCGCAGGAGCGCGCUACCGCGGCCAAUGUCGCACGCGUCCAAGAACCGCCUGUCGCAGUACUCGACUGUGAGCUCGAUUCCCUCACGCUCCCGGCCGCCCUCUCAACUGUUCCCCAUCUAUCCUUCCAGUCUGCCGUACACGCUGGUGCGAGACUUCGCCUACCCCGUGGGUCAUCCUAUGCACUAUGGACCCCCACCGGAACCUUCUCGGCCACCCUCAGGCAUGACUACCCCAGCCAGCGAGCAACGGCGCCUAUCUGACCCUCCGACAUCUUGGGAUCGCCAUAGCUGGGAGAACUCAUGGAGCAGCGACGGCUGGGGAAGGGCGAACGAUCUCCCUGCGAUGCAGUUCGCCGAUGGUCCUCCGUGGAGCGAGGAUGAAGAUCUUCAGAGCCCUGUGGUCAGUUCGCGACACAAGAAGAACAAGUCAGCUGGCGGCAGUGGCGGCAGUGGCUAUGGUGCGGGAAGGAGCGGCGGUGGUUCGGUCAUAAACCCGAGCAACUACGACCGGGAGAGGGGUUACUACGUUGGCACCAGUGGCGAUGGCAGCGAGCGCUACUACGUGAACCAGGGAGGCGAGGCCAACGGGCCGGGCGGCGAGUACGUAACGUAUCCGGCCGAUCAGGCACGUCACAGCGCAUACCAAGUUGCCGACCAACAACCACGCCAGUACGAAGACGAUUACCCAUCCGACUUGGACGACUCCAGCCCUGGUGGCUAUCACGAGACGGACGAAUCGCGUUAUUCGCGUGAUUACCAGUUUACAAUUACCUCUCCCGAUGAGGAGAUGCACGGUAAGGCCGUGGCGCUGUACGACUUCCAGCGGGAAGACGAGAACGAGUUGCCUUUGGUUGAGGGUCAAAUCAUCUGGGUGUCGUAUCGACACGGACAGGGCUGGCUGGUUGCGGAAGACCCGAAAACGCAAGAGAGCGGACUUGUACCAGAGGAAUAUGUGCGGCUGCUACGCGAUAUCGAAGGAGGUAUGAACAGCCUCACCGGCCAGCUUAGCGAAAGCCCUGUUAGCCCGGUGGAAGCUGGAACACCGACUCAGGCGGAACACACUGCUGCUACCUCUGGCGGAUCUUUUGGCCACACUCCCACACAAAGCCUAAGCUCCAACAGUGGUGGCGGGUCUGGUGUGAAUGGCAACAACAAUAACAACAACAGCAACAACAACAAUAAUAAUAACAGCAGCAACAGCAACAACACCCACUCUACACCAACCUCAAGCUCCAAUACCAAUGGGUACGGACACAGCCACUCUGGGUCCGAUUACAAGUACCAUCAGCCGGUCGUAUCAACCUUCUCAACGUCAAGCAAGGACCUCGAUCCCUAUCCGCAACACCUUUUGGGAACACAGGCUGGCCAAGCUCCACCGCAGGUCGUCCACUAUCAUGGACAACGGGGUGGCAGUCAAGCGAACACGCCCACGAACUUAUUUCAUGAUGCCGGUUUGAUGCGCCGCGGCAGUCAGGACACUGUCGGUAGAAACGAGAGGAGGGGUAGUGAGCAAGGGACGUUGCAGACUUUGCUUGGCGCGAGGCUGGAAAAGACAGCGAAAGAAGGUGCAAUAGAAAACCAGAGUAUCAGCGAAGAGGCUGAGCCGGAGGUCGCGAUGGAUACCAAGCCACAAAAGACAGGGGAAGCGGCAGCGGAAGCGGACAGGUGA